UCUCAUCGCCAUUGGUUAGAAUUCGAUCCCUCUUCCUAUUGGCUGUUUUCGCAAUGUCUCUUUGUCAGCCUAUCGAAAUUCAUUUCUUUCCAUGGGAAGGGAUAAAAGAGCGAGUCACGAAGCUCUUUUUACUUCCGUAGCUUGGCACUCAGGUAGUUGCUGGCGUUUAACAAUGUCUGGUCGCGGGAAGCAAGGCGGGAAGGCUCGGGCCAAGGCCAAGUCGCGCUCUUCGCGGGCCGGGCUGCAGUUCCCCGUGGGCCGCGUCCACCGCCUGCUGCGCAAAGGCAACUACGCAGAGCGAGUGGGCGCCGGCGCCCCGGUGUACCUGGCGGCCGUGCUCGAGUACCUGACGGCUGAGAUCCUGGAGCUGGCAGGCAACGCGGCCCGCGACAACAAGAAGACUCGCAUCAUCCCGCGCCACUUGCAGCUGGCCAUCCGCAACGACGAGGAGCUCAACAAGCUGCUGGGCAAGGUGACGAUCGCGCAGGGCGGAGUGCUGCCCAACAUCCAGGCCGUGCUGCUGCCUAAGAAGACCGACAGCCACAAGGCUAAGGCUAAGUGAACGCCGAACAGCCACUCCUAAUUUUUUUACUCCAAGGAAACCCAAAGGCUCUUUUCAGAGCCACCAACAAUUUCAGGAAAAGAGCGUGAAAUUAAAACCAGUAAAACGUACGGCGCUUGGUAAAAACA